GUGUGUUCAGGCCUGUCACUCAUCGGACAGCAGAAGCAGCAGAAAUGAUCGCACUGGACCCCGGAAGUGUGUGUGACCCUCAUCAUUAUUUCUCACCUAUGAAACCCUUUAAACAGCUUGAGAAAUGAAAUGAUCUGUUUAUAUCUGCCCAUCGCUCAUCUGAGAAUCACAACUGGCGAAAAAAAUCUGAUUUCGGAGGCGGCUCCAGACUGUGGAUGCCUUUGAGUUCAAACCCAACAGGGUUCAAGAGGAUGUCAUUGUGAGGGACGCUCUGUGUGGUGAGAAUGCAGUCUUCAGGACACCGGUUGAGGGAUGUGGAGCAGCACCAGCCCCUGCUCAGCGGAGGGGAGGAGGAGGUGGCAGCCAGCCGCGUCUGGUUCAUUCAGGACAGCUGCGGGAUGGUGUGCGCCUUCAUGACCUGGUUUCUGGUUUUGUACGCAGAAUUCGUGGUAAACUUUGUCAUGCUGCUCCCCUCCAAAAGCUUCUGGUACUCUCUCAUCAAUGGUGUGGCGUUUAACUUUCUGGCCGUGCUAGCGCUGACGUCGCACCUGCGAACCAUGCUGACGGAUCCGGGAGCUGUUCCCAAAGGUAACGCCACUAAAGAAUACAUGGAGAGUCUGCAGCUGAAGCCAGGAGAGGUCAUCUACAAGUGUCCAAAAUGCUGCAGCAUUAAACCAGAGAGGGCACACCAUUGCAGUAUCUGUAAGAGGUGCAUCAGGAAGAUGGAUCAUCACUGUCCUUGGGUCAAUAACUGUGUAGGCGAGAACAAUCAGCGAUUCUUUGUCCUCUUCACUAUGUACAUAGCCUCCAUUUCAUUGCAUGCGCUGUGUCUCAGCGGUUUCCACUUCUUCACCUGUGUCAAAGUCCAGUGGAAUGAGUGUAGUGAUUUCUCCCCACCUGUGGCGGUGAUGCUGAUGAUUUUCCUGUGUCUGGAAGCACUGCUGUUUCUCACCUUCACUGCUGUCAUGUUCGGCACUCAGAUUCACUCCAUCUGUAAUGAUGAGACGGAAAUCGAGCGACUGAAGAACGAGAAGCCCACAUGGGAGCGGCGGGUGCGAUGGGAGGGGAUGAAGGCUGUUUUCGGCGGGCCGCCCUCUCUGCUCUGGUUCAACCCUUUUGCUGGACUCCGCCUUCGGGUUCUGAUGGUUCGCGCCCGGAAGAACGGGGCGGAGUUCUCAGUCUGAGUGAAGAAUGCUGUCUAUAAGGCACUGCCGUCUGCCUUCAUGCCUAUUACCCCCCUCACAUAGGACAUAGGACUCCUUCCUUUAAUGCUGAAGCAGGUUUGGAGGUACUAUGGUGAAAACCUGUUAAAUAACUGAUGUCGCUCCUGGAACAAUGAGGCUACGUCUCGAUACAGCCUGUCUGUGUCCACACAUUAAUACCUCGGAUGGCGGAUCAUACUUGUUAUGCUCAUAUUGUCUUCAUGAACAUUCACACUCAUGGGUUUUUGAUUUGCUUUUCUUUUUUUUUUUUUGUUCGGACAUUUACGGAACAUUUGAAGGGUGUUGAUAUCCGUUAUCCAGCCUGAAUUAAUUGCAUCUAGAACUACCGUGCGGCAAAAAUAAUGGUUGCAAUAGUUGUUUAAAGAAAUAGAUCAUAAACCAAACAGAAUGUUUUGCCAAAAAAAAAAAAAAAAAUUCUUAUGUGAAUCUCCCAAAAACUGUCAGGAAAUGCCCAGGUGGACAUAUAUCACCUCAAAAUCAAAAGAAAAAAUUGGAAAUUAUAUUGUACUAUUUUUCUUCACCUAGGCUAUUAUUUUUACAUUGAAAGUAAAUAUUUAAUUUGCAUUAUUGUAAUGCAAAAAAAAUAUAUAAUCUAUUAUUUAAAAUGUUAAGUAUUUAUUACAUCAUGAUUUUUUUUGUACUGAAUAUAAUUUAUGCUAAUUUUAAUUUUUUAAUUUCUUUAUUAUACCAAUGACAGUGAGAUUUGUUUCACACUACAGUAAUGAGAAUUUGUUUAGUUGCUUGAUGCACAAAAAUCUUAAUUGCAGAUAAAAUGAGCUUUGUUUUCUUUGUGAAAUAUAAUUAUUAUUAUUUUUUUUCUUUUGAUUUUAGAGGAACUGGGCGUUUCCUUGUGAGAUUCACUUUCUUAGGUGUUAAGAGCUUGCGGCUGGUUUAGUCACCUUGUCUUUAGCACACACCCUUAAUUAUAAAGUCAUUUUAAAAUAUUCUCAUCUUCAUGUAUUGUAGAGAUAAUAAUAGCCUCAUUCUGUAGUCUUGAAAUGAAUGCCGGUCCCACAAAGAACUUGAAUGGUCGGCGUGACUAUAUAUAAUUCUCACAUUGACCUUAAGCUGCUCUGUGAGAUAAAUAAAGACAAAUCACAUUAUGGCAUACAUAAUUAAAGUACGUCCUCUGUGCGCACAAGGCCCACGGCUGAGCCAGGAACUCUAAUUAACAUGUAGAUUACAAUUUUAACAUGCAGCAGUAAAUGAGCUGACGUGGACGGGCGCCAUUCAUGUGGUGAGAGGUAGAGAGCUUGUCAGUUUGCUGCACAAUUCACUGAGGCUGACUAUCACUUUGUGUUUUAUACUGUGUUUCUCGUUGCAUCGUGUUUUCAUUGUCGUCUUCACUUUUGUCGGUAGAUUGCUUUUACCUUUAGCUUAGAGAAUCGUUUCAUGGUGACCACUAAGUUUUCCUUGUGGAAAAUAUUUUCAUCAUAUAAAGCUGGAACUUGUUUGGCAGGGUCGAGACGAUGUGUGUGUUGCUUUGUUUUUCAAGGGAACCUCACAAAAUCUGUCAAAAACAACUUUGUGUCAUAUUUGACCCCCAAAUGAAAAAACAAGAAAUUAUAUUUUGCAUAAAGACAAUCAGGCCCUUUCAUUAAUAUAAUGUAAAUUAUUUGCUUAUAUAUAUAUAUACACGCACACACAGGUGCAUCCCAAAAAAUUAGAAUAAGGUGACAGUUUUUUUUUUUUUUUGUAACUUUUCAAAAAGUGAAACUUUCAUAUAUUCUAGGCUCAUUACAUGUUUUUUUUUUUUUAUUUGAUGAAUAGAGUUUACAGCUCAUGAAAGGCAAAAAUCCAGUAUCUCAAAAUAUUAGAAUAUUUAUAUAUAUAAUCACUUUUAAAUAAUAAAAUCUAUAUAAAAUAUUGCAACGUAAUACAUUUUAAAAUAUGUAAAAUUCUAAAAUAAUUUUAAAAAAUGCACGUCUUAGUAUUUUUAUUUAGUCACAUUAAUUUUUGCUGCUUAAUUUAAAAAACAAAAUAAUCAGUUACCAAAUAUAAAAAUCAUCAUCAGUCAGUCCUUAUGUUCCUAAAUAUAGACUUAAUUUUCUUUAUGUAAUAUAAAAUUAACUUUUUUUUUUUUUUUUUUUUUGAUUUUGGUGUCCUGGAAAUGUUUUUGACUGGCUUUGUGAGAUUCGCCUUGCUGUAUGCUUAGAAGAUUAGUUAUUUUUACUUAUAAAAUAUUCAAUAAAAUAAAAUAAUGGCAGUACAUGAGAAUUAUAUCACAGCACUAAAAGGCCAGUUUGGAUUGGUCUAGAUAGAUUUUAAGAGGCUUAGAAAACCACUCCAUUUACCAAGCAGAACAGAUGCAUAUGUGUGUUAAUGCUCUCGGAUAUUAUGUUUACAAUCAUUGAAUAUGUAUUGAUGCUUUCAAGAAGUCGUAUGUAAAAGAUGAAGCCAACUGCGUUUGAACAAAAAAGACUAGAGAUAAAUGGAUAUUGAAAAUUUGAGCCAGUCUGACAUUGGAUUCAUCGAUAUCCAUAAUGCUAGAUAAAUGAUUAGAUGAAAUUAAACCACAGAAUUAGUAAUCCUUUUGUUACUCUGCCAUUAAUUUCAGUGUAAUUCCAGCAUUUUAUUUAUGUGACAAUGAGUUUGUGUGCCAAUUUUGUUAUUCAGCAUUAAUGACUGUCAUAUGGCAAUGAAACCUUGUUUAAGACAUUCCCUUCUCGUUGUGAUGAUUGGCUUUUCACACAGACGGUUCAUGCAGCGUAACUCCGAUUGAACUAGAAUGGCUUGGUGUAAUGUAUUUUUACUUUAAAGAAACGUUUUGAGCCUUUCUAAACAAGUCUACGAGUUAUUCAAUUUUCUGUAAAGGGAAUAUGUAUUAUAUGCAAUCCCUGAAGAUCAUGUUUUGAAUUUGAUAAGAGAAGACUUGCCUUUUAUCAGCACAUCACUAAGAAUGUAUCUCAUGCUUUUUAUACAAUGUGUUAAUUGGGUGGAAGAGGGAGUUUUCUUUGCGUUAGAGUAAUUCAGUUUUGCAUUCUGUGCUAUUAUUACUACUGCAACAGUAUUUGCCUGACCUCAACUCUGUUUUUAAAAUAUGCUUACGUAAUUUUAGAUGAUACUUGACUUUAAAACUGACUAAAGAGGGAUGUUUGCUCUUAAAUGACCUUCAUUAACCUCAGAAGAAUAGCAUUAGGGAAUAAACUAUUACAUAUGUUAUUUCUUGGUGGUUUAACCAAGCGUAUUCCAAUCAUCAGUCUGAUACUAUCAACAAAAUCUGGAAAUUUUGUCUCCAAUUUUCACCUUUUCCCCACAUUAGAGCUUUCUAGUGCUGCAGGUUUCACUGAGCGGGAAACGGGUCAUUAAACUAAACGUCUCAAAGCUUCAAGCUCAUUUUAGCAGUGUCUGAACUUGGAAAUGUUGGAAACGGGGUUUACAGCCACAAAGCAACGAUUCUGAAAUUAUGUCUGUAAUAAAUGGUGUAAACAAAUAUUGUUCUGAUACUUUCAAGUGUCAUGAAGUUAUGAUGUUCUUUCUUAUGUAAAGUUCUUUUACAUAAUAAAGUCAUUAGAUUUAAAAGCUA